UGAUGAAAUGAGCUCCUCUCUAUCUUCUUCUUCUCCAACUCUAUCUUCAUUCUCUGCAACUCCACCCUCUCAAAACACCACCAAUUUUCAAAUCCCAGUUCUUCGAAUGCUCGAAUCAUGUAAAUCCACCAAACAACUAAAACAAAUCCACUCAAUCAUAAUCAAAACCGCCACUAAUCUCCAAACCCACCACCUAAUCUACACAAAAAUCCUUUCCAUCUGCAGUUUCACCUCCGAUAUUGAUCCAACUUACAUCAAUUCAAUUUUCACUCAAAUCCCAAAUCCAAACACAACCAUAUACACCAACGCAAUUCGCUGUUUCUCUAGUUGCAAGAACCCUAACGACAUAUCCAUAGCUUUUCUCCUUUACCGUAAUUUCAUAUCCAAUGGUUUCCUUCCAAAUAACUACACAUUCCCUUUCAUUCUCAAAUCCUGCGCAAAAACCCACCGAUUAAUCGAAGGUAAACAGUGUCAUGUUCAUGUUAUUAAGAAUGGGUUUCAAUCUGAUUUAUAUGUGGUGAAUAAUCUUCUCCGAAUGUACGCUGUUUGUGGGGAGAUUACAUCUGUCCGCCAACUGUUUGAUGAAAGUCCUAAACGAGAUUUAGUUUCAUGGACGACAUUGAUUCAAGCAUAUGUCAAGAUAGGUAAUUGGGAAGAAGGUAUUCAUAUGUUCUUCAAUUUAUGUGAAUCAAAUUUACUAGCUGAUGAAAAGACAAUUGUUGUUGUUCUAUCUGCAUGUGCUAAUAUAGGAGAUCUUUCUUUAGGUAGAAAACUCCAUGAUUACAUAGAACACCAUAGAUUGACAAUUGACAUCUUUGUUGAGAAUUCAUUAAUUGAUAUGUAUUUGAAAUGUGGUGACUCUGUUUCUGCACAUAAGGUGUUUGAUAAAAUGCGUGUGAGAAAUGUAGUCUCGUGGAACUCGAUGAUAUUAGGUUUAUCUCAACAUGGUGAAUACAAACAAGCUUUAGUUGUGUUUCGAAAGAUGUUGAAUCGAAGUUUCAAACCGGACGACGUAACAUACGUGGGUGUACUCAAUUGUUGUUCUAAUCUUGGUAUGCUUGAAUUAGGGAAAUGGGUUCAUACAUAUCUAGACAAAAACAAGAUUAAAUCAGAUGGGUAUAUAGGAAAUGCCUUAAUUGAUAUGUAUGCAAAAUGUGGAAACAUAUCUUCAUCUUUAAAUGUAUUCAAUAAUAUGAAAACCAAAGAUGUUUACACUUACACAACCAUCAUAGUUGGUUUAGCAAUGAAUGGUCAAGGCAAGAAAGCAUUAACCCUUUUCUCCGAGAUGAAGAAUGAACUAAUCGAGCCUGAUCAUGUAACCUAUGUUGGUGUCCUAAUGGCUUGUAGUCAUUCGGGGUUUGUUAACUUAGGUCAAAGAUAUUUCAACGAGAUGUCGAAUAUCUACAAUAUAAAGCCUAGGAGUGAACAUUAUGGUUGUAUUGUCGAUCUCUUUGGUCGGGCGGGGUUAAUUGAUGAGGCUGAGGAGUUUGUUAGAAACAUGCCAAUUGAACCGGAUGGAUUUGUUUUGGGAGCUUUGUUGGGGGCUUGUCGGAUUCAUAAUAGGGUUCAGCUUGCGAGGGUUUUGAUGGAGAAGAUUGUUGAGAUCGAUCAUGAUAAAGAUGGAGCUUAUUCGAUUAUGUCGAAUAUUUACUCGUCGGCUAAUAAAUGGGGAGAAGUCGGGAAAUUGAGGAAGGAAAUGAAGGAGAAGAAGGUUAAGAAGAUUCCGGGAUGUAGUUGUAUUGAAUUGGAUGGGGUUGUUUAUGAGUUUAGAAAGGGUGAUAAAUCUCAUCGUGAAAAUGAGAAGAUUUAUAUGGUGUUAGAUCAAUUAAGAAGUCAUUUAAGAGAUUCAAAUGUGUUGUUAAUAUGAUUUUGAGCUUAUUUGUUAA